AUGGUAAACGAACACGAAUCUUCUUUAGUUAAUUCAAACCUCGAAGAAAGAAUCACAACAAAAAUGAUUCUUAUCAGACCUCCUUAUCCACCAAAAAUUUCUCCAAAAGAAAUAUUAUUAAAGUCAAAUCAAUCGAAAAGACCAACAAAAAAAUCUGUUAAAAAAAAUAAUGACAAUAAUGACAAAAAUAACAAAAAUAACAAAAACGACAACGGUAAACCAAAAAUUACAAAAAGAUUAAAAUCUCCAAAUGCCUUUAUCAUUUAUCGAAAUGAAUUCGUUAAAGAAUUAAGAAAAAAUAAUUAUAAAAUUCGUCAAUCAAUAAUUUCACCGAUGUCCAAAUAUAUUGGAUUGGACCUUGAACUGUAUUGA